UUUUCGACCACCUACUAUGAUUUUAAAUGCCAGUUUUAAUGCUCAGUUGUCCUUACUUUAAAUGAGAUUCUUAAAUGGGAGUUUCGUUUGUGCUUGGAAUACAGGAUGCUACUUCAAAAAUGCAUAUCGAAAUUGGUUUUGUACAUAAGUUUUAAGGUCACGCACGAAACAGGAGUAAAAUGAAAAUACUUUUUUGCAUUUUUUUUCCUGCAGAGGCGCUGUUGUCAGUAAUCGCGUGUGCUGCCACUCUUGUCCCGACAGAUUUUCAUUGCUACUCUACAAGUCAAACCAAAUUAGAAUAAGAUUUAGAUAUGGCGGCACCCAUAACCGGCACCGUGGGCUGGCGACCGGCUUUUUUGACAGGUGUGAUACGGCUGUGGCGAUGUUCUGGAGCUACAUCAUGGACCGACACUUUAGUUUCUAUCCGGCCAAUGACUAGACAUAGAACUGGUCGGCUAAGGAUGCUGGAAUUAUCACAGUGUCAAGUAGAGGGUACUGAAGCAGUGCAGUCAAAUAGCAGUUCUCUUCUGGGGGACACGAAACCAAAUAAUUUGGAGACUGAGUCAGUAAGAGACUUGGGGUCAAAACAGGUGGAUGGGAGUAUGGCACCACUGAUAUCUGGAUUAGGGCAGCAGAAGAAAAGCAGCAGUCCAGGAAGGCCAUAUGAAGUAAAUCGAAAAGGGUCAAAAGAUUUGCUGACGGAAUUUCCUCAUCCCAAGAACCUGUUGUACAGUAUUAUUGGACGAGCACUUGGGACGUCUCAGUUUGCAGAACACAUAGAGUAUGUGCACAAAAAUGGUCCUGUAAAGAAAGUUACACUGCGUAUCAAAUGGCCAAAACCUGUAAAGUUCGAAGGGUAUGGGCUCAGGAAGAUUGAUGCAGAAAGAGAGGCAGCAGCAGCAGCGUGUAAACUGUUCAAGGACUGGGGUUUGUUGGGUCCACAGAAUGAGCUGCUAAUGGCAAAGCAGUAUAAAUCUGUGACUGAGAAGCUCAAUUCAGUGGUUGUAACUUCUCCUGCAAAGAGGCAGGAUGGCAGUCGAGAACUAGGACUGGUAGACAAGUCACUUAAAGAGAUUUCUCAUCUGUCAGCCCUUAGGCUGAUCCAGAAUGCAGAGUCCAGGAAGAAAACUAUGUCAGAAAAUUCAGAAGCUGAAGAGCUGGAAGAUGAAGAGCUGGAGGAAGGAACACUGGAUGUCACAGAAUUUCUUUCCACUGCAUCUCAGGAGUCGCAGCAAAUGAGUUUUCUCCACCUUGAUAAGGCUGAUGACUCCAGUGCCACCAAAGCUCUGUUGCAUUUCCCUCAUCCAAAAAAUGUACUCUCUAAAGUCAUUCAGAUUGCAACAUCAUCAUCAUCACCAAUGAUAUUACUCCUAGCGCCAGCUGAUAUUAAAGAUGCAAGGGAUUUUUUAUACUCUGAUUAUAUUAACACUGUGAAAGGAAGACUAGAUUAUAUGAUGGUCACUUUGGAUGUUAAUAGCCUCUUAAUUAUUAUUCCAAACAAUUGUGGUAUUAAAUCUGUUAAAGAGUUUCUUACAUCUAAUAGUGACUUUGAUACUGAUAAAAUAGGUCUUAUUGUUUAUAAGAGGUUUGUAGAUGAUAUCUACCUUUUAUGGGAUGGCACUGUUGAACAUCUGCAUGAGUUUGUUGCCUACUUGGAAACUACAACUGAGUUCUUUAAAUAUUCCUUGAAAGUUUUCACUUCCAAUAUAGAUUUUCUUGAUGUAAGAUUUCAUACACUUGGAAUUCAAUAUGCUGCAGCCAUUGAUACUGCAACUAACAGGCUCAAGAAUAAAGGUUAUAAAUUAUCUGAGAUUGAACAUGAGAAGAAUUAUAUUCAGUCAAUAAGAGAUACAACUUUAAAGGGUGUAAGUAAUUCAACUGAGUAUAGCACAAAUGUGUUAUCUAGAAAAACUUUUGUGCUAGUGAAUAAUCCUCAUAUAGCAGCUUUUGAACAAGCAAUAGAAAAUUAUAUUAUGCAAGCAAUGAAAACCAGCAGUUGUUUUUACAACUUAAUGGCUAAGCAACAACAAGCUAUUAAAUCUUUAGCUUCUAAUCCCAAUAUAGUUAUAAAAGCAGCAGAUAAGGGUGGUGGCAUUGUUAUUUUACACAUCAAUGAUUACAAUACUAAAAUGUAUGAUAUGUUAAGUGGCAAUGAGUAUUUAGCCAUCGAUAAGAAGCAGGUCAAUAGUAUUAUAACAAACGUGAAUAGUAUGAUCUAUGACAUGCACCUUAAUGGAGAAAUUAUAUUGGAAAUGUUGGACUAUUUUCAUGUGACUGCUUCAAAAAUACCAGUCAAAUAUGGAAUUCCAAAAAUUCAUAAAUCAGUUACUUCCCCACCAUACUCAUCUUGCACUGGAGCACGUUCUCUAGAGUCUGGCAGCUCUGACACUGAUGAGGUGAUACCAGAUGGGUUCAACUCCAUUACCGAUGCUUUCACUGGGCAACCUUAUGAGCCCAUGUCAGAGAAUAAUUCAGUUCAACUUAGCCAGAAAUUAUACGACCUCUGGAACAAGCGUCCGAUGAACAAGUUCAGCAUAUUACCGGUCGAUAUAGAGAAGGAGACCAUUGUCAGUACAAUAGAAGAAAAUCAGGUAGUCGUCAUUGCUGGAGAGACAGGUUGUGGCAAGACCACCAGGAUUCCACAAUUUAUACUGGAGAAGUACAUCAAGGACAAGCUAGGUGCGGACUGUAACAUUUUAAUUACACAACCACGGAGGAUUAGUGCUGUUUCUGUAGCACACAGGGUUGGCCAUGAACUGGGACCCUAUCUUAAAAAGCAUGUAGGGUUCCAAGUACGAUUAGAGAGUAUGCUGCCAUCUAGGGGAGGAUCACUCUUGUUCUGCACUGUAGGUAUCCUCCUCAAAAAACUGCAGGGAAAUCCAACUCUAGUGGGUGUUAGUCAUGUUAUUGUGGAUGAAGUGCAUGAACGAGAUAUGAACACAGAUUUUUUGUUGAUUCUGUUGAAGGACAUCAUACAGUCGAACCCGAAACUUAAGGUGGUGCUUAUGAGUGCUACGGGGGACACAGAGAGGAUAUCACAGUAUUUUGGCAACAGCACUGUAGUUAAAGUACCUGGAUUCAUGUAUCCAGUUAAGGAACAUUAUCUUGAAGACAUUUCUCCGAUGUUGCAUAGAAACAUGGAGUCUUUCAGUGAGAGGGAUGAUGCCACACCGGACCUUGACUUGGUUGCUGAUGUCAUCUUGCAUAUUAAUGCUCAUGGAGAUCCAGAUGUGACUUUUGACAAUGCCUCUCUUUCAGUGCAUUCAAAUUUACCAGUGAUGGAUCAACAGGCAAUUUUCCAGCACCCUCCACCAGGUGUUAGAAAGAUUGUUCUUGCCACCAAUAUUGCUGAGACCUCAAUCACCAUUGAUGACGUUGUCCAUGUAGUGGAUACAGGCAGCCAGAAGGAGCAGCGGUAUGAUCUCCGAACUAAGGUUUCCUGUUUGGAUACUGUGUGGAUUUCAAAGUCAAAUGUUAAACAACGCAAAGGACGUGCUGGACGCUGCCAGUCUGGCUUCUCCUACCAUCUCUUCCCUCGGAGCCUCCUGGAGCAAAUGGAUGAUUUCCAGAUUGCUGAGAUUCUCCGCACUCCUCUAGAGACUUUGGUGCUACAAGCAAAGAUUCAUAUGCCUGACAUGAUGGCUGCUGACUUCCUUUCCAAGGCCUUGGACAGCCCAGAUAAGAAAGCUGUGAAUGAAGCUGUUCAAAACUUGCGAGAGAUUGGAGUCUUGGAUGACGUGGAACAUUUGACACCGCUAGGUCAGCAUUUGGCUCAUAUAUCUUCUGAUCCACGUCUUGCUAAGUCCAUUGUCCUAGCUGUCAUUUUCCGAUGUCUGCAGCCCAUUCUUGACAUUGUUGCAUGUCUAACCCGGGACCCCUUUCUGAGUAGUCUACAGAAUCGAGCAGAAGUUAGCCAGGCAAAGGCUUUGCUAAAUGGAGAGAGCCGAAGUGAUCAUAUUGCCUUCACAAGGGCUUUGAGAGGCUGGAAAAAGAUGUGCAAAGAAGGGGAUUCCGUUUCCAGGGAGCAGUACUUGAAGGAAAAUAUGUUAUAUGGUCCUAGUCUGCGAUUUCUCAAUGGUCUGAUUCAGCAGUUUUCAGAGAAUGUUUAUGAUGCAUUCCUUGUUCCCCAUCCUGCGGAUUGCACGCGUUCAUCUGCACUAUGUAAUCAGAAUAAUGGAGAAGAAGAACUAGUAAAGGGAGUUCUUCUGGCUGGGCUAUAUCCUAACCUUAUUCAGGUGCGGCGUGGCAAAGUGACCAAACAAGGGAAGUUUAAAGCUAACAGCUUGGCAUAUCGGACCAAACAAGGCUCUGUAUUGCUGCAUAAAUUGACUGUAAACAGAGAUGAAGAAACAUUUCCAAGCCGUUGGUUAACGUACUUUACAGCUGUGAAAUCUAAUGGAAUUGUAUUUGUCAGAGACACUUCCAUGGUACAUCCACUUGCAGUGCUGUUGAUGCCUAAUGCUGACCUUAUCCAGCGAGCUGACGGCUGCAACAUGAUCCUGAGUUUUGCCAACAGUGACCUGGUGCGUGUUCAGUGUAACUCCAGUACUGCUCGGCUUAUCUGUGAUUUCCGCAUGGUACUGCAUCAGAUGGUGGAUGAUUGUCUGCAAUAUGAACUGCCCAACAUACCAGAAGAUCUACAAAAUAGACAGAAUGAGCUGCUCUCCAUAUUGGUCGAGCUUUUAAAAUGUCCAUUUCCUUGAGCAAAUGGAAGGGUUUGAGGCAGAAGAUAAAAUAUUAGGGGGUGCUGUUCUGUAUCAGAAUGUAAAUCCUUGUGCACAAAUAAAUUAACUACAGUGUCAAUCAUUAUUUUAAAUUAUUCAUUAUAUAUAGCCUUGUACUACCAGUUUCUUGGUUGAAUUUUUAUAUAUGUAAAUAAAUUAUAUAAUGCUAAUGUAUAUCUGGGCACUGAAAGAUGAA